CAAACAUGGUGAACGUUCCUAAAACCCGCCGGACUUUCUGUAAGAAGUAUGGCAAGCACCAGCCCCACAAAGUGACACAGUAUAAAAAGGGCAAGGACUCUCUCUAUGCCCAGGGAAAGCAGCGUUAUGACAGGAAGCAGAGUGGCUAUGGUGGGCAGACUAAGCCAAUUUUCCGGAAAAAGGCUAAAACUACAAAGAAGAUUGUGCUGAGGCUUGAGUGUGUGGAGCCCAACUGCAGAUCUAAGAGAAUGCUAGCUAUUAAGAGAUGCAAGCAUUUUGAACUGGGAGGAGAUAAGAAGAGAAAGGGUCAAGUGAUACAGUCCUGAUCAUCUUUUGUUUUAUCAUGAAGACAAUAAAAUCUUGAGAUUAUGUUCAUUUCAUCUGGCUACAGUUGGUCUUUGGUGAGGGAAUAAGUGAGAGCCAUC